GCAGACUCCGAGCGCGAGCACGUGUGAGUAGUUUGUGUUCUGUGCGCGCAGCUGGUCAGAGGCACGCGCAGGAGGAGAAUCGCGCUUUAAACUUGUCACAAUAACAACAUGAGGCCAGGGUUCAGUCCUCGUGGUGGAGGCAGAGGAGGCGGACGCGGAGGGUUUGGAGACAGAGGCGGCUUUGGGGACAGAGGCCGCGGCGGCUUCAGAGGAGGCCGAGGAGGAGGAUUCAAGUCUCCAGACGGUGGAGGAUUCCGGGGCCGUGGAGGAGGCAGAGGGACCCCCAGGGGCCGUGGUGGAGGCAGAGGUGGCCGAGGGGGCAGGGGAGGCUUUGGCGGAGGCAGGAAGGUCCUGGUGGAACCCCACAGACAUGAAGGUGUGUUCAUCUGCAGAGGCAAAGAGGAUGCUCUUGUCACAAAGAACAUGGUGGUAGGAGAGUCUGUAUAUGGGGAGAAGAGGAUCAGUGUGGAGGAAGGAGAAACAAAGAUUGAAUACAGAGCCUGGAACCCGUUCCGCUCAAAGCUGGCAGCAGCCAUCUUGGGAGGAGUGGAUCAGAUCCAUAUUAAACCAGGGGCCAAAGUCAUGUACCUGGGGGCCGCCUCGGGAACCACAGUGUCCCAUGUGUCAGACAUCGUUGGCCCAGAAGGGCUGGUAUACGCAGUGGAAUUCUCUCACCGAUCAGGCAGAGACCUCCUCAACGUGGCGAAGAAGCGCACCAACAUCAUCCCCAUCAUUGAAGACGCCCGCCACCCGCACAAGUACCGCAUGUUAGUGGGUAUGGUGGAUGUCAUUUUUGCAGACGUAGCGCAGCCUGACCAGACCAGAAUUGUAGCUCUGAAUGCUCACAACUUUCUUAGAAAUGGUGGACACUUUGUCAUUUCCAUAAAGGCCAACUGUAUAGACUCAACGGCAGCCCCUGAGGCAGUCUUUGCCUCUGAGGUGAAAAAGAUGAGCUCUGAGAACAUGAAGCCCCAGGAGCAGCUCACUCUAGAGCCCUAUGAGAGGGACCAUGCUGUGGUGGUAGGCAUCUACAGACCUCCUCCAAAGCAGAAGAAGUGAUGUGGAUGGAGUGGGAUCUUCUGUCAUUGUGAUCUGUUGAAGCAUUUUCAGUUAAAGCAGAGAGUAGUUUGUAUUUUUAAUUAUGACAUGUAUAUUGCUUUUAUUGUUUUUGUAUUUUUUUCCCGAUAUUUCUGGUCAAGAAGUCCUUUUCAGUACAUUUAAUAUGGCUGUUUUGUGAACUGCUCUGGAUUUUGUAGCUAAAUGGACAAAUGAAAUGUACAGACUUUAUUAAAAACUAUUGGAGCUGCC